UUCAAUGUCAAUUCAGUAUCAACACGGUAUAUUAUUCCGACUCUUCGUUUGUUUCAGUUUGUUGUGUCAAUAGGAAUAUUUUGGAAUCGUGUUUCGAUUUUGCUUUGAGGUGCUUGGCCUCCAGAAAGCCUGGAGAGCAGUCAGUCGAGCGUGGGAGGCAGUUCGGUAGAUUACGCCGCAGCAUUGCUGUUAGCUGCGAUGGCCGCUGUACUUCUUGCUGCUGUGGGUUACCAGUGCGCUGCGACAUGGCGAUGGCUUAUGGGAAGGACUCGCCGUGAUUCCGAGGAGAGCAACUGCGACUCGCUGUCACGCCAGGCCGCUAUCCGCAUCAGCCACUCGCUACCGGACCUGCAAACAGAACCACUGAAGCAAGAAUACGUCCAGGAACACAAGGAUCCAGCUAAAAAGGCCCCGCAGGUUCUUCGCCAGACCACGCUGCCGAUCGUGCCGACGCGCCACCAGACAUUCCAGCGUCAGCUCUCCCACCGCCUGGAGCUGCCUUCCAUCCAGUUCAGCAUCUGCAGCCUGGAGCGCGCUGAUUCUUCCAUUGGACUUAUUAAGCCGGAACUGUACAAGAACGAGCUGGUCCGACAAUCAUCUACUGACAGUGCUGAGCUGGAGUUUUGCGGGAAGCUGCACUUCGCUCUGCGCUACGACCAGGAGGUGGAGGCACUGGUGGUGAAGAUCUUCGAAGCCCGCGACUUGCCCAUCAAGGAUGUUACUGGAAGCAGUGAUCCUUACAUCAAGGUAUUCCUUCUUCCCGAUCGCAAGAAGAAAUUCCAGACCAAAGUCCAUCGCAAGAACUUGAAUCCAGUCUUUAACGAGACCUUUUUAUUCAGUGUCCCCUACGAAGAACUUCGCCAGCGCUAUCUGCAGUUCUCGGUGUACGAUUUCGAUCGGUUCAGUCGUCACGAUCUGAUCGGACACGUCGUGUUGAAAGGUCUACUGGAGUCGGCCGACUUGCAUCAAGAGAUCGAGUACACCAUGAACAUACUCGCUGCACCACAGGAGAAGAAAGAUCUCGGCGAGCUGAUGCUCUCCCUGUGCUACCUGCCGACUGCAGGUCGACUCACCGUCACCGUCAUAAAGGGAAGGAAUCUCAAGGCCAUGGACAUCAAUGGAUCUUCUGAUCCCUAUGUAAAGAUCUGCCUGAUCUGCCAAGGCAAGCGUAUCAAGAAGAAGAAGACGACAGUUAAGAAGAACACGCUGUGCCCGGUCUACAACGAGGCCCUGGUCUUCGACCUUCCAUCGGAGAACGUGUUUGACGUCACGCUGCUCAUCAAAGUCAUUGAUUAUGACAGACUCAGCCCGAAUGAGCUGAUAGGCUGCACGGCGAUCGGAUCCUCGUUGAUCGGGAUUGGCCGCGACCACUGGCUAGAGAUGCUGGACAACCCUCGCAAGCCGGUGGCGCAGUGGUACCCGCUGAACAAGAGCCUGCCCACCAACAUCCCUCUGCCCUCGAACGAUCAACAGAAUGCUGGUCUGAGCUGUUUAAAUGGGAGGUAUAUGAAGAGACAAAGGAUCAAGGACUGAAUUUAAUGGAGACGCGGCGUCGACCCACGGCAAAACCACGUUUAGCGGCGAAAACCCAAUGAGGACUUCUCGCGUUGCCAAAGAUUAUUGUAAGUAAAUGUGAUUAGAUCAAAACGGUUGUAUGUCCAUUUACUGUAGACAAGAAAAUAUACUAAAAUCAAUGUUCAGUGAUAUGAGUAGGUAUAGAAUAGAUAUAUCCGUUGAAGUAGAAAAUGAAUUUAACCCGUAUAUGAUUGUUUAUUAGUUGUAGGCGUAGUUUUGAAAAUAUCCAAAUAAUUCAUGUCAGUUCUCCUUAACCACUUUGUCCUGAACUAUAACGCACAUUUCAAAUACAAGACUUGUUCAUUGUGUACAUAUAUUAUAUGAAUGUUGUUGUCUAUAAAAAUAUUUAAACAUGUAAUUUGAAAUCUGCCUACCUGCGAAUCUAUGUUUCUAGCUCUCUGUAUAGGACAAUAAUGGAUUUAAUAAAUGGAUUAAAAAUAUUUUCUCACCUCUCAAAUAUUGUAUUCGUUAUUUACAAAAAUUUAAGGUGAAAACGAAGCUUUAAAUCGUAAUUAAAAUAUAAUACAUAAAAAAAUGUAUUUCAAAGAGUAUACUCAUGGAGAUUAUUUAUAUUAAUUAUAUAUAAAUGUGUAUUUGUAAUCAUAUCAAUUGAAGAAAGUAUAUAAAAUGUAGGAUGUUUUAUUAAUAUUUUAUUUAUUACGUGUGUAGAUUUAACGUCUUUAAUUAAAUAUGGAUAUGUUAUAAAAUAAAUGACUAUAAAGGAAAUUCGUUUUGAAAUUAAAAAGGUAAUUCUGUAUCUCAUUAUAUUAUUUAUGGAUAUGUAGAUUUAUGCUGAACUUAUAAUCAAAGUUGUCGAUGUAAUAUGUUAAAUAUUUAGCAGACUUUGUAUUUUAUAGUAAUAUCAUUUACAUGAAGCAACUUGAUUCGAAACUUCCUUUAAAAAGGAAAUAGAGAAUUCGUUUUCCAAUUGCUUUAGACACGUUCGCAUAAGAUUUACUUAGCAGUCUGUGACAAAAUUGACAUGUAUAUUAAGCGAUGUUUACAAAAAUAUAUCAAUGUAAAAGUAAUCUAAAACUCUAAUUGCAAAUAUAUUUAUUCAAAUUUACCAAUAAUUUCGUGGUAAAAUAUUCUAAAUAAAAUCAUAAAUUUUCCAAUUCUCAUAACUUGAAGUUUGUAUCAACUUAUUAGUUUGAAGCGUUUCGAAGCCGCUCUUUACUUGUAUGACAUCCUGUUAAAUGCAACUAAGCCAGCACUCAAAGGACUUUGAAGAGAUUUAUUAGUAAAUUAGUUUGCUUGUUCGUGCCUCCGCUGAUGUUGCGAAGUUUUGUUUGAUUUCAAGCGGAAUAUCAUUUAAGUUUAUUUUGCGCGGUAUCGUUAGCUUGUUUGAAUCGGCUUUGGUUUUAUAAUAAGGUUUAUGUUUGCUAGUUUAAACGAAGGUAUAAUCUUUCCUAUCGUAAUAUUGGAGUUUUAUAUUAAGGUGCCCCUCUCAGUAAAACGACGCUUUGACCGUGUUUUUGAAUGACUCGAAAUUUAUAAAAUGUAUAGAAUAAAAUGAAACAUAUUUCUACAAUAUGUUAUUUUCACUUUUGUAGUUAAAAUGUUUUAUAAUGUGCAUAUUGUGUCAUUCAUUCACAAUAAAAAUACCACUAGAAUUGUUGAUUCCGCGCAUAUCAUAAAUUACACGUAAUUUUAGUUAGCAACACAAAAAUAUUAAAUAAAAAAUUUAAUAAGGAAUAUUUCUGUACUUUAACAUUAUCAAAAAUGGGCAUUAUCGACUUUUUAAAGACACUCUCGCCUUAACUCCUGCGCAGAAAAUGAAUGGAACGAAUGCUCAAGGCCGUUUGCUCGGGGGAGAGUCUUAAAACAUGCUCUGAUAAUUUUAAUACAUCUAUUACCACAUAUUCAACCUUAUUUAUCAAUAACGAACAUUCUAUCCUGCUUUUGCUGUAGUUUACAUUUUAAGUUACCUUAAACUAGCUGUAAUAGUAUUUUUAAUUUUACAAUGAAUUAAAAAACAUAUAUCAACAUCAGUGGUUAUUUUAUCUCAACAUAUAAAAUGAUAAUGUUACGUAAUUUGCUUUUCGUUAAUAUUUAGAAUAAUUGAGUAAUUCAUUUUGUUACUCAUAGUCUUUAAAUGGUGUUAAUAUAAAGAUAUUAGUAGAUUUAAAAUAUAUUCUCAUAUCGAUGCAUAUAUGGAAAGUAGUUUAAUUAUAAAAUAUUUGAUGAAUUCAUAACUGUUGCUUUCCUUUGAGCUUCUUAAAUCUGCUUUUACUUAAACCUUCAUUUGGACUGACGUAUUUAUCCAUAUAUUAUCUAAAGUAUAAGAUGUUAUAUUAAGAUUUAGAGGUUUAUAAUGUUUCCUUACUUUUCUGCUAAAAGUUUAUGUCUAAAAUUGUCUGUCUGUAAUAGAAGUCUUCUUAUAUGAGAUGAUUCGAUGGCUUAAAGAAGUAAAAUGUUAAGAAAUAUAUAAGGUUAUGAGACGGAUUUUAAAUAAGAAUUAUAUUGCGAAGAAUAUCAAUUGUUUGUUUCGAAUUUCAUGUUGAUAUUCGUUUAUGUUAGUUAAUUUAAUUUUAUGUCCUUGAUUAUGAUCAUUAUCUUUUGUAUACGUUUGGAUCGGACUUUAAUAAAUUGUAAUACUCAUAUUAGUUUAUAAAAGAGUCGAAUGUAUUUUUCUUUACCAAAAUGUUUAUCCUCAUUUAAAAUAUUAGUUAUAUUUUAAAUAAGAUGAUCAAUCGACUGAAUUCGAUUUGGUUUUGUAAAACAUUUAAAUUUUAAAAAUUAGUAUUGAAUUUUCGUUUUAAACACAAAGUAAGAAAUGACAGUACAAGAGGUUGGACGAGAUGCUAAUAUUUUUGUAUGAGAUUAGAAAUAUUUUGGCGUAAACGAUACUUAAGUCUUUGUACUGUAAACUGUUUAAAUUUAAGUGAAUGUAAGUACUUAUACUGAUUUAUGAAUAAAAUGUUGACAUUUUU